GUUCCUUACAACAUUUCUCCCGGAAUGGUCCCCCCCUUCCCCCUCCACGGUCAUUCCCUCCCCCUUCUCUCCUCUGCAUGACUGCGCUCUCCCUGGACACAGAGUGGAUGAAGCCGCUGCAGGAGAACCAGGGAUCCCCAGACAGGCCUUGAGAAAUGUGGCUCAUAUACCUCCUGGUGCCAGGCCUGUUCUACAGCGUGGGGGGCACCACGCCCCUCCCUCAGAAGCUCUUUGGGGAGGUGACAUCCCCUCUGUACCCCAAGCCUUACCCCAACAACUUUGAGACAACCACUGUCAUCACAGUCCCCACGGGAUACAGGGUGAAGCUGGUCUUCUGGCAGUUUGACCUGGAGCCUUCGGAAGGCUGUUUCUAUGACUAUGUCAAGAUCUCUGCGGAUAAGAAAACGCUGGGGAGGUUCUGCGGGCAGCUGGGCUCUCCCCUGGGAAACCCCCCAGGAAGGAAGGAAUUUAUGUCCCAAGGGAACAAGAUGCUGCUGACCUUUCACACAGAUUUCUCCAACGAGGAGAAUGGUACCAUCAUGUUUUACAAGGGCUUCCUCGCCUACUACCAAGCUGUGGACCUGGAUGAAUGUGCUUUUCAGAACAACUCAGUGGAGGACAAUGCCCAGCAGCCCCGGUGCCAGCACCUGUGUCACAACUACAUCGGCGGCUAUUUCUGCUCCUGCCACCUAGGCUAUGAGCUUCAGGAGGAUGGGCAUUCCUGCCAGGCCGAGUGCAGCAGGGAGCUGUUCACAGAGCCUUCAGGCUACAUCUCCAGCCUGGAGUACCCCCAACCCUACCCCCCCGACCUGCGCUGCAACUACAGUAUCCGGGUGGAGCGGGGUCUCACCAUCCACCUCAAGUUCCUGGAACCCUUCGAAAUCGAUGACCACCAGCAAGUACACUGUCCCUACGACCAGCUACAGAUCUAUGCCAGCGGGAGGAACAUCGGGGAGUUCUGUGGGAAUCAGAGGCCGGCGCCCAUUGACACCAACAGCAAUGCCGUGGAUCUGCUCUUCUUCACAGACGAGUCAGGGGACAGCCGGGGCUGGAAGCUGCACUACACCACGGAAAUCAUCAAGUGCCCCCAGCCCAAGACCCUAGACACAUUCACUGUCAUCCAGGACCUGCAGCCUCAGUACGAGUUCCGGGACUAUUUCAUCGCCUCCUGCAAACAAGGCUACCAGCUCAUGGAGGGGAAGCAGGUGCUACUGUCCUUCACAGCUGUCUGCCAGGAUGAUGGCACGUGGCAUCGCGCCAUGCCCAGGUGCAAGAUCAAGGACUGUGGGCGGCCCAAAAGCCUGCCCAAUGGGGACUUCAAUUACACCACCACAAAGGGGGUGAACACCUACCAGGCCCGUAUCCAGUACUACUGCCGAGAGCCGUAUUACAAGAUGCACACCGGAGGGGGCAGCAGCAAGUCUGAGCGAGGGGCGUAUACCUGCUCAGCCCAGGGCGUUUGGAUAAAUGAGCUGGAAGGAGAGACGAUGCCUCGGUGUUUGCCAGUGUGCGGGAAACCGGUCAACCCUGUGGAAGAGAAGCAGCGCAUCAUCGGAGGCAGGAAGGCCAAGCAGGGCAGUUUCCCCUGGCAGGCCUUCACCAACAUCUACGGGCACGGGGGCGGCGCGCUGCUGGGCGACCGCUGGAUCCUCACGGCCGCACACACGCUCAAGCCCAAGGAGUACGAUGAGCAGAACAACGCCUCCGUGGACGUGUUCCUGGGCCACGUGAACGUGGACGAGAUCACCAAGCUGGGCAACCACCCAGUGCGCCGGUUCAUCAUCCACCCAGACUACCGCCAGGAAGACAGCCACAGCUUCGAGGGGGACAUCGCCCUCCUGGAGCUGGAAAACAGCGUCACCCUGGGCCCCGACAUCCUCCCUAUCUGCCUCCCCGACAACGACACCUUCUACGACUGGGGCUUCAUGGGCUACGUCAGUGGCUUUGGGAUAACAGAGAGGAAACUGUCUCAUGACCUCAGGUAUGUCCAUCUGCCCAUAGCUAAACGAGAGAUGUGCCAGAGCUGGCUCCAGAAAAAAAAUAGGAACGAUGUGUUUUCGCGGAACAUGUUCUGUGCUGGGUCCCCGACUCUAAAGCAGGAUUCCUGCCAGGGGGACAGCGGAGGGGUCUUUGUAAUGAAGGAUGAGAAAAAUGACCAGUGGGUGGCCACGGGCAUUGUGUCCUGGGGCAUCGGCUGUGGCGAGGGCUACGGCUUCUACACCAAAGUGCUCAACUACGUCGACUGGAUCAAAAAGGAGAUGGAGAAGGCGGGCUGAACCCAGAACUCGCUAGGUCAGAAUCCAGAGAGUAGAGUGUUUAAUAAAAAAUGAUCUGACCAGUUGUUGGUAACCACUAAGAAUCCAUAUUAAAAAUCACUGAUGCAGAAA